UCCCAUAACAGACAGGCUGCAGAUGACUUUUUAAAAACUAAAUUAUAAUCACGUUUGUUCAUUUGCAUCACAAAUCUCCUGGUUUGAGUCCAUUAAAUAAAAUAUAGUCAGGGAAUGCUUAUAAUGAGGUUUAUUAAAGGAUUUACAAUCUCAAAUGUAGUCUGCAGCUGAACUGAACAGCUGCAUUGAAAGAUGUCUUUUGUAAUCUGAUUUAGGGAAGCCACAAUAAAAAUUAAAAAGAUGCAUGUUUCUAAAAACAAUCAUUUGAACUAAGUAAAGUAACGUCUCCAGAAAAGGUUUAGAAAAGUGAACCCUUCAGUGGAAAUUCUGAUUGAUCACCUUUACAAAAACGGUACCUUGUGAGGAUCGCGCAUCCACUGAACGAGCUUUUGUAUUAAAAGUGAGUUAGACAAUUUCUUCUUUUUUAAGUGAAAGUGUUUUUCCACACUUCCUGAGACGCACACUCCUCCAUCAUGACGCAGUGACGUUACCUCCUGAAUCACUCUGAAAUAUGUGCGUAAAUAUCAUCAAUCGGGAGCCUAAUUACAGAAUAUAAGCGAUCAUUUGUCUGCACCGUUUUCUCAUUUUGCGCCGUGGCAGAUGUUUUUGAGUGUGAGCCGCCGACGCACAGCUGGAUCAGGAGGGGCGCGUAAACUUUGGCCGUUCCAGUCAGACGCAUCGGGAACUUCGGCAGCUCUCUGCGUCCUCGCCCAUCAGGAGACACCGAGUAUGCUGCAGAUUUUAUAGCUCAAGUUAGAACAAGUUGAUUUGUCGCAGCGUUCAGGAUUAAUUCAGCCCAUUCGGUUCAAGCCUGACAUUUCUGGUAUCAUGGGAGGAGUGUGCCGGUGUUAUUCAUGGACUUGCAGACCGCUCUGGCCACUUUUUAUGUUCCUGGCUGCUGCGCCUGGUUUGUUGCUCUGCUCAGAGAAUCCAGCUGAAGUUGUUGGGAAAAUGUAUCCACGAGGAAAUCACUGGGCAGUAGGUCAUUUGAUGGGGAAGAAGAGCAUCAAGAGCUUGCCUGAGCAGCAGGAGACCAACAGUUACAGCCUCUACCUCACACCCUCACACUCAGCGAGGAUCUCUGAGCUGGACCAACAGGAGCCACCUUUAGAGAAUCUGCCCACACAAAGACAAAGGACGCUUCAAAGGCUCUUCCACAGCAUCUGGAGGGAAGUCGAUGGAGAAAAACAUCUCCAAGAGAUGUCCAACCUGCUUCUUCUGGCUCUGAAACUGCAAGAAAAUACCUCUUUGUGAAUGCAGAACAGGUGUUGGCUGCACUAACUCCACUCUGUAACCUCACAUGUGAACAUUUUGUGCCGUUAGAAAAUAAAUAAAUAAAUAAAUAAAUAAAUAAUGGUUUCAUGAUUAGUUUUCUAUAUGCAAAUGAAGCGC